GCGUGGGCUGCAAAUUCAGUUGCGAUGGAGACCGUGUCCCUGGAGCACCAGAUCCAGAGCGUGCAGAGGCACAUCGCUUUCCUGAAGAAGGAGCAGAUGGAGCUGCUCCAUGGCCUGCACCUGGAGAUCCUCCGCCUGCAGAAGCACUGCUCAGAGCUGACCCACGACAUUGAGAUGAAGGAGCUGGAGGCCCGCCAGCAAGUCGCGCUGGAUCGGGAGCUGGAAGAGAAGUGCCGGGCAAUGGAGGCCCAGCUGCAGGAGAAGGAGAAGGACAACCUGGAGCUGCGCAAGGAGCUGCGGCACAAGGAGUCGCUGGUGGCCGCACUGCGCUCCAGCCUCCGCAGCAAGGAGCGGCACUUCCUGGAGGAGCUGAAGCGGCGCAGCCACCGUGUCACCAUCCUUGACACCGAGCUGCAGAAGCAGACGGAGGCGGCUGCCUACCUCUCCCUGCAGCUGCAUGCCACCGCCCAGCGCCUGCCAGGCCCCCGCAGCAGUGGGCGGCCACCCCCUGAGCAGCCCCCAGCUGAGGGCAGGCCGCAGCGCCGUGGCCAUAGGGUACACCCACGGCGCCCACCUGGGGUCGGCACCAGGCCCAGGGACCCCGUGCGUGAGGAGCACGAUGCCAUGCCCGACCCGGCCCUCUUCCUCUAUACAGCACGGCCGCCCGCCCCGCAGCGCCCAUCACCACUGGAGCCGCCUGCUGAGCCCCGGGGCACUGCCACGGCCCCCCGGGCACAGCGCCUGCCACCGCCACAGGAACCCAUAGCCAGGGCUCGGCCAGCCAAGGGUGAGCCUGGCAAGCAGCCGGGGCCUGGGCCCCGUGGUGCCCGCACCCGGGAGUAGGCAUUGAGGUGGGCACGGCCUGAGUGGCCAGGAAGGCGCUGACCCCGAGGCACCAAGGUGAGCACCAGCCAAGGUUGCUGUUCCAGGAUGGGAAGGGGGCAGCAGAAGGCAGUGCCCUGCUCGCAGCCCAGCGCUGAGCCCGCAGGGCUGGGCCGUGCAGAGCGAGGGGGGGUGAUGCUGCAUGAGGCUUGCCAAGGGGCAACAAAGGAACAAGGCUGGGACAAGGCUGCUGCAGGGUUCCCCCAGGCUGAAAGGUGCCCACCUGCAGCACCCAGCACUGCUCCCCACGCAUUGCUGGAGCAGGUGUCUGACCCCUGUCAUCUGCAUGGGGUGGGCUCUGUCCACGUGCCAGCACUGCGUUCCUCAUUGGCACCUACAGCCGGAUGCUGUUUUCUCAGUGUAGACUGAUAAGGCACUGGCAAAGCGGGGUCUGGUGCACUGCCACCCACGGGGCAGAGCUGGCCACAGUGCAGCCCCAUGAGGAGCAGAGGCUGCAGAUGACGCUUUGCCCGCAGUGUCCCAGCCAUUGGAGCCCACCUCCUUCGUGCUGAGUUCAAAGCCCUUGGAAAGCAUCACCCUCUCUCCGAAUCAGGCUCACCUGCCUCCAGCCAACAGAGUACCCAUACAGCCAGAGCUCUCUAUUUUUGUAGCUCAGUGUUUAUACCUUACAAUGCUUUUAUGAGACUCAGUAGCAGACCCAGGCCAGCUCUCCAAAUGGUUAAGUCAAAUCCCAAAGCACGAUACGCGCUGUAGGAGGAGAGCAGCUUUUGUGCUGCCCUUUGGCUGUGACGGGCACCCACUGGGGGAAGUGUCCAACACCAGUGGCAGGGCCCCCCCGAGCCCCCAGUGCUGCCCCAGAGGCCUCUGGCCACGCUCCCAGGUGGGCACUGCAUGGCAGCAGGUGAGGCACAACCUGGCGUCCCAUGGGUGAGGCCCCUCCUGGCCUUGGGACCGGGCUGCUCUUCCCGGGCUCAGGGGACUUCUGCUGAGGGCACGUCCCAAUGUUCUUUUAAUGUGUGAGAGGGUAAAACACCUCUGUGUGUUCCUCUGCUGUGAUUUGCACAGCCGCUUUCCCCCUCGUUCCUAGACAAUCCUGAUACACAGAGUGUGUUGCAUUUUUAUUAUAAAGUUAUUGAUAAAAUCAUGUUGUUCAUGACCGACCUGAGCAUUAGAAAGGGAAGGGCGUGUAAGUACCCUCCUGUUCUCUGUAAAUAUCUCCCUAACAAUCAGCAUUUUUAGUGCCUAGUAUGUAAAUGAAGCAACCCUGUGGGAGCUGCAGGACCCUUCCCCCUUCACAGCCAUCAGCUGCGCUCUGAGCUUGAGGGGGACAUCCCAUCUUGAUGCCUCAUGGCUUCUGCCCACCCCAUGGCAGCCUGGACGGACAGGGAGGCAGCAGGGCCACGAGAGUCCGGGGCCAGCCCUGCAUCCCUGGGGGAGCUGGGCAGGGCUGGCCUCAUGCACUGCACUGCGGUCACUGCUGCUCCUGAACAGGGGGAAGCUCUAGAGUACUAUAUAUACACACUUAUAUAUAUGUAUACACAUAACGCACUUGCUUUGAAGGGAAAACAUUGUAUGAUUGUAAUAGAAAUGAUGUUGAAAUAAAUUAUUUUAAUCUUUGUA